AUGCAUUCCGCAAUGAGCGGGAAUAUGUUUUCUUCCUCGGUGGCUGAAUUGCGCAACGACAAUGGCGAGCGGAUGAUUAUUCUACCGCUAAAUCUGAUUGCCCUAAUCGUAACGCACCUUGACGAUCCUGCCGACCUCGCGCGAGUCUGCCGGACAUGUCGGGUCCUCCAUUAUAUGACUGUGCCUCAACUCUACGAAAAAGUCACACUCCGGUCGUAUGCACAGAUUCGCUAUUUCAAUGGUCGAGCUGAGGGUCAUGGUGGCGCAAGCCCGUUUGCAAUGGGACUCAAUGCACUCGUUACCAGAAACGUGGCAGGCUUGGUCCGGUCAUUCAAAGUCGUGGGAGAGGUAUCCGAAAAUAACGUCAAGGAAUUCGCAAAAUCGGGCAGGAUACCUGACGGGACCAUGUUCUUGAACAUGUCGAUUCGCGCGGCCAUCGACAGGAUGGAGAAACUUGAGGCGGUCAACUGGGAGCUUGGAACCAAACCGCUUCUAAAUCUAUACCAAGGAUUAUCCUUGCGACCAAAGCUGACUUCUUUGACUCUCAAAUUCCCUACAUCUCGAGUCCCUCGACCUGUCAGUGUCAUCCCGCCGAUCCCAAGCCUUCGCAGCCUUAAAGUCCUCAAUAUCGAUCCACUUUGCUACCCAGACGACAUAUCGCUCCUUCUGCUCGGUUCGAAAAAAUUGCGUGAGCUAAGACUUCAUUGGAGCCCCCGAAUGCGCAACGAAGCUGAACCUAGUGUUCAGCUACAUUCAUAUUUUGGAAGAUGUAUAAAUGCCAACUACGCUCUGCCACUCAGACACCUUUCUAUAGCCAAUUUAUACGCGCACAAUAAUGGCGAAUUCGACCGCGCAUUUGAUCCAAAACUCAUGGAGUCGAUAACUGCGAUUAAUAGCCCUGGCGCGGAGAAUGGCGCGGGCAACAAUCUAACCGCAUUUGUUGACCAGGGAUGGGGUAUGAAAGAUGUGAUACCUGCGCUCAAAUAUGUACGAUGCGAUCAGGUCUCUCAACUUGGUGUGGACUCUUUAACUUUGGUUAAGGGUCUUCGAGAGUUUUACAUCAUUAGUUCAAAAGCUUCUCCUUCUUCCUCGGCCGGUGGCAGCAUUGAGACAUCACCCUCCAACCUGUCAUCCACCAUAGGUGGCACUUCUACGCCAGAUAUGACCCCUCCUUCAUGCUUAGAAACACCUGAACUUUCUCUCCAAACCGCCUUCCUAGAUGCAUUAUGCCAGCACCAUGGGCCAAGCGUGCGGUGUCUGCUAUUGUCAAAUCGCUGGAUGCUCGACAAGGAUGAACUGGGCCGAUUAGUCCACGGCUGCCCGAAUCUCGAGCAACUGGGGCUCAGUAUCCGCUCUGACGUUUAUGAAAUUCUCCGACUCCUUUUACCUUUUUUACCGCAUUUAUACGCAAUUCGCAUCCUUGAGGCGCCACACGGGUCUGAACUCACCAAAUACGCAUUGGAAACCAGCAAUAUACCCUUUGAAGAAAAGCUAGGCCGCGAAAUGGUGAAACCCACGUACAAGAACCUCAGGUGGGUCGGUAUUGGGGACCUCCUCUUCCAUUGCGGUCCGAGUGUCCAGCUCUCGGAAACCGGCCCCAGAGGCCAGCCUGUGUACAAGCGACUGGUCCGUCGGGUCCCGCCGGAGGCAGCCAAGCACGUACAGAUUUGGGGUCUGGAUUCAUUGGAAAUAUAG